CCCUUCCACCCCGCCUUUCCUCUGUCUCUGAAGCGUAAAAACCAAAGGGCUCUCAUCUCCCAUUCAGUCUUCUCUGCAUGUGGCUGAGGAGUGUCCUCGUAUUUGUAACACCUUUUUUCACCUAAUGAUUCAAUUUCACCUUUAUCUUCCCUAUUUUUUGCUUCUCUACCUGCUACCAAAGGAUGAUUUGAUGACUGAAAUCAAGAUUUUUCUUUUCUGUUGAAUUGUUGGGAGGCUGCAUCUUUUACAGGAGUCAUCUUUGUUCUACUGCUCACAGUUGCUGAGUGUACACUGGCAGUGGGGAAAUAGGUUAGUGUGCCUAUUUGGUGCUGGGCAGGAGAGGUGAUUGAAUGUUCAAUGCACAGAGGAGAUGAAGAGGAGGGAGAUGCCUUCCUGGUGGUAACCUUCUGUAGCUCUGCGGCCAUUCGGGGAGAAGGUGACUGGAAUGCUCCCGCUGAACUCCAACCUCUAGCGGAAAUAUCAGCAACAAGAUUUCAGGACAGACAAAGGGGGGAAAAGCAAGUGAGAUAACAAACAGACAUUUGCUUUCAGUUUUUUGGAGUCACUGAACAUUACUGACCUGUGCACCUGCUGUCCGUGGACACCAUGGACAUCAACCUUCAGUCUCACCGAUUUUACUUCCCUCAGAUCUACUGUGCUGAACCGGGGGCACAGCCACAGCUCACUGAGUUCAAAGUCAGCGAGCAGAGUAUCUGCCAGGCGCGGGCCUCUGUCAUGGUCUACGAUGACACCAGUAAGAAGUGGGUGCCCAUCAAGCCUGGACAGCAGGGAUUCAGUCGCAUCAACAUCUACCACAAUACUGCCAACAACACCUUCAGAGUGGUUGGAGUCAAACUGCAGGACCAGCAGGUGGUCAUCAACUACUCAAUAGUGAAGGGCCUCAAGUACAACCAGGCCACCCCAACCUUCCACCAGUGGAGGGACGCCAGGCAGGUCUAUGGCCUUAACUUCGCCAGCAAGGAGGAGGCCACCACCUUCUCCAACGCUAUGCUCUUUGCCCUCAAUGUCCUCAGUGCUCAGGAUGGAGGUCCAGCUCUCCAGCGCCAAGUCCAGAAUGGACCAACUUCAGAUGAGAUAGAAGCUCAGAGAGCAAGGCAAAUGAUGGAGCAGCAGCAGCAGCAGAUGCAGGCGCACAUGGAGCGGGAGCGACGGUCUUCCAACUCAGGUUCUCCUUUCCAAGGCCAUCCUGCUGUGCUCUCCGUUGCCCCCCCAGUAGUACCUCCACCAAUGAACAUGGGCGGCCCACCUCCUCCUCCACCACCACCAGGCCCUCCACCACCGUCAGCAGGGGCACCGCAACCUCCUCUCCCUCCUCCACUGCCCUUAGGUGGAGGGAGCCACGGGGAUGAGCCCCCCGCACCGACGGGUCUUGCAGCGAUGAUCGCUGGAGCCAAACUGCGCCGUGUUCAAAGACCUGAAGACAGCUCUUCAGGUGCCAAAAAUGAAGCCAACCGAACAAGUGGGGGCAGUGGAGGACUGAUGGAGGAGAUGAAUGCUCUUUUGGCACGAAGAAGGAAAGCAGCUUCAGAGAAGCCCGAGGACAGCCAAAAUGAUGACCCAAAUUCUCCGUCACCCAGCACUCGGAGUGGACAGAACGCCACAGAUGGAGCGAAGAAGCCCUGGGACCGAGCUAACUCUGCAGACAGGGCAAUGGCUUCGAGGGCGCGACCUGCGGGGAGUGGCGGGGACACAGAUUCAUUAGACCUCGAUAGAAUGAAACAGGAAAUCUUGGAAGAGGUGUUUCGUGAAUUGCACAAAGUGAAGGAUGAAAUCAUCGAUGCCAUUAGACAUGAACUCAGUCGAGUUAGCACAACAUAAUCUUUCCGAGCGACCCCCCCCCCCAGACGUGAGCCACCUUUUUCAAACCAUUGCUCCUGCAGCAGCUGCUGGGGCCCUGAAGAAGGGAAGGAGGAGGAGGAGGAGAAGGAGCCAGGAAGGGAGGCCCAAACUGUGACAUCUACUCAUCCCGCUCAGCUGCGGUGUUGAAGCAAUGUGGCAAACGUUGCUGUAACACCUCAGACAUGUCUGUGUAACAUUUGACUUGUUUGUUUCUGAGAGAAAGAUGUGAAUGGGGCGCACUCUCACACUGAUUGCUCUCAUUUCUUUGUCUGUUCGUUAGCCCAGUUCUCCUCUCUGUCUUUGGCCCGAAAGAAAAGUGAUCAUAUGAUUUUAUUUGUUUUGCUUUUUCACGCAUUUGUUUAAAACUUUUUUUUUUAAUUAUUGCUAUCAUUUCCAUUAUUAUUACCAUCAUUCUUAUGAUUGUCAGUGUAAUGUCAGUAUGAGUAAUAGUAGUAGGGUUAUAGGUGCAAUGGUAAUAAUGAGGAAAUAAUAAUGAGAAUAUGAUGGUAAUGAUAACGUAGAUAUUGCACAUCAUUUUAUCUCACUCUUUUAUAUUUUAUAUCAGGUGUUUUCAUUUUGGUUUUGGUUCUUUUUUGAGAUACAUUUGCAAAUUCAUUCUCAUUUUUUUUCUCAUCACUUUACCUGAAAUGUUUUUUUUUAUCCUUUUUGCCAGCACAUUUAUGUGUGGAACCAUGGCAGAAAAAAAAACAGACUUUUACCUGAAACUGAGGUUAGAGUAAACCCAAACUUUGGAUAUUGCAAUCUUAUGAACUAAAAAAAACACACAAAAAAAACACCGGAGUAUUUGUGAUCAUGUUGUUAAUAAAAUGUUUAUUGGCUGCAAGGAUAUGGUGAAAUAUUGUUCAUUUUAUUUUCUCCUUUUAUGACAAAGUGCUUCCUGGUUUGAGAACAACAACAGCAGCAACAACAAAAAAGUUUAAAAUGAAUCGAAAUAAACUGUGAAACACGUC